AAUUAAUGAUUCCAUAUAUAUUUUCAACGCAUUUGAAAGAUGAAAUUAUGAGAAAAUUUCUGUAAUUACCCUUCCCACUCAAGGCGCUAUAAAUAUCAACCAACCGCCAGAAUCAUCUUAAAAUAGAAUCCGACUUUCCUUGACCCAUACAACAGGUUUGUUCGUUACGGUGCAAUACAUAAAUCUAGAAACCAGGGGGUAACCAUAACAACAAAAGCGGUUUGAAAACAAAGAAUAAAAAAAGUCCAACUGGUUCAGACAGAAUACAUUCCAAUGGGAAAUGCUACGAACAUGGUAGAUUAAAAAGAAGAAAGAGCGACAUUAAAAUUCUUUCCUGUGCCUGUCCUCCAUUCAAUGUACCGACAUAUCAGAGCGUCAAUACGUAGGUCAUUAGCUUUUCAUCGUACACCUUUUGUGAGCUGUCCGAGUUCUUUUUUAUGGGAUUCCAUUUUUUCGUUCUACCUUGCGUGGGUCGAUCAGAGACAUCGGAGUGAGUUUGUUCCAUGGGACACACCUUCUAGCUUGUGGUGAAACUGUACCAUUCCAGGUACUCUAUGCUUGCCUAUUCUAACUAACGCUUGUCAAUCACUAACCGCUGUUUGCAUCCUCAUUUGGCUAACGAUAAAGAUAACGAUAAGAUAAGAUAAUAAGAAAAUUUCGCGCGCAUGCGCGUUCUUCUCAUUUGUCGCCAGUCGUUGAAUUCCAGUCUGGAACAGUCGCUGCACAGAAAUGGAGUUCGUGCUAGGGGGUUUCUCGUCCUGCUGUGCCGUACUCUUCACAAAUCCGUUCGACGUCCUGAAGACUCGUCAACAGCUGGAAGGAGAACUCCUGGCCAAAGGCAGCGUCAAAAAUCGUGCCUAUCGAGGCCUAGGGCAGUCGAUUGUGACGGUGGUCAAGACCGAUGGAUUACGAGGCCUUUAUAAGGGAUUACCCGCUGCUGUCCUGUAUCAAUUUUCGAUGAAUAGCCUUCGACUGGGCACCUACCAGACGGUGGAUAAUCUCGGUUGGACCCGCAGUGACAACGCACUUUUGACGCCUUUCUUAUCAGUGUUUUGGGGUGGCAUCGCCGGAAUCAGCGCGUCGGUUUCCUGCCCGUUUUAUGUAAUCAAAACACAAAUGCAGGCUGUUAGCAGUGGGAGCUAUACGACAAAGUUCCAACAUCGGCACACUGGAGUGGUGGCUGCAUUCCGGAAUAUAUACCGGGAAGGUGGAAUCAAGGGGCUGUACAGAGGCUAUACGGCACACAUGGCACGGAUUACUAUGGGAUCUGCGACUCAGAUGGCCUCAUUUACUGCGUGCAAAGAUUUCUUCGUGCAAUACGAGUUAUUCCAGGAGUCGGUAGUGCUGACAGCGUUGGCAAGUAGUACCGUGGCAGGAUUUUUCACUUCAGUGCUGAUGUCACCGUGUGACGUGAUCACAACCCGGAUGACCAACCAAGGUGUAUCGUCGACCGGCAAAGGAUUGCUGUACAAGAACAUCUUUGAUUGUUUUGUAAAAAUCUACCGAUCUGAAGGAGUUCAUGGGAUGUACAAAGGAUUCGUUCCGCUGUAUGUACGAGUAGUUCCGCAUUCUGUUUUGAAUCUUACCUUUUGGGAUAUCUUCAAAAAACUGUACGAUCGAUACUAGACGGAUGCUCGUAGGGAUGAUGAGCUUUUGUAGAGAUGCUAGACCUAUCACACGUGCACGUAUAAUUGCAAAUCACUAGUCGCAGAUCUGAAGGCAGCAGCAGUAACAAGGAUGGGGAUAAUUGUUACAGUGCCAUAAAUAUAGUACACAUAUUACAACUGACGAA